AGCCGCCAGCCAUCCUACGCCUGACAGGGUGAAACAGAAACAGACUCAACACGACGCCUCAUACUCCACCAUAGCCUUGAGAAAACAUAGUGCUCUAGUUUCUUUUUAUUUUGUCCUUGGGGGCAGGAUAGAGGAAUCUUCAGCAUUUUUACAAACUCAGUCCAUUGAUCGUCAACUGUAUAGCAUUCGCUGCCUCCAGGACAACACAAUCAUCCUCGACUGCCUCAUCUACGUCGCCUUGCUCAAGACCUUCGUUCCCUAAAGCUACUCAGUCUCGCCCUCCACCUCUGCAACAAAUCCCCGCCGCCACUGCUAUGACCGUUACCCAUAUGCCUGCCUCCGGGCUCCCAGCCGCUCCAGCUACCGGCUCUACCGAUACAGAGAUGUCCGCCAGCGUGGAUAACACGAAGCAGGUGAAAAAUCCAUAUUACAACUUUCCCAUAUCACGUAGCCAUAUUCGCUUGCUUCAACUAUUGCCGUCUGAAAAUGAGGACGCCGCAAUACGCUGUGAGCUCUUCUGCACCGCAUUGGACGCAAAAGGCACUCGUCCGUACGAGGCCUUAUCCUACGUGUGGGGCUCCGGCGCCGAGCCUUGUUCCAUCUUCAUAAACGGGUACGCCUUGGCCGUCGGAAAAAACCUUUACGCAGCGCUGUUACAUCUUCGAGAUCACUCCAUUGAACGAACUAUAUGGAUAGAUGCCAUUUGCAUCAAUCAAGAAGACCCAGAAGAAAAAGGACACCUAGUUCAAUCCUUGGCGAAGAUCUACGCUAAAGCAAGUCGCGUAAUUGUUUGGCUUGGAGAGGAGGCAGUCGGUAGCGACCAAGCGCUGGAAGAAAUACGCAUCGCAGCCGAGCGCGACCAAACGCUUGAAGAAAUACGCAUCGCAGCCGAGCUGUCUACAAGACGAUCAGACAAUAAAGCGGAAAUCCUUACACUGCUUCAACGACCGUGGUUUCAGCGCAUCUGGGUGCUUCAGGAAGUUGCCGCGGCUCGCCAUAUCCUAAUUAAGUGUGGUUCUGCUGAGAUUGACGGAUUUGCAUUCUGUUCAGGCUUAAAUGUAUUGAACCUGUUCAAUGAACUCCCCGCAGACUUGCGAGCUCGAAUCCUUUCGGUAACCUACCUUAUAAGGGGCGCAAUCUUCCGGCCCAAAUACGCGACCAGUCAGUUAGACAACUUUUCUCUUAACAUACGCCCUCUGGGUAAUCUGAUAGAGAUGUACCACACCCGCGAAGCUACGGAUCGUCGCGAUAAAGUAUAUGCCUUACUCGGUAUGAGCUCUGAUAAUCCAACCGCAGCAGGAUUAUUCGCCGACUACAAGAUUCAGUGGGCACAACUCUUCAACAAACUCAUCCACUUCCUCUUAUCUGAAUUGGUCUCUGUAGUAGGCCUUUCGGACGAUAAGGAGAUUGCCUGCAUUGAGGGCAAGGGCUGCAUUCUUGGCGAAGUGUCCUCGGUCAAGAGAAAUGCUACUUGGGAAGACGGACAAGAUGUGGCCAUUACUUGGAGUAAUGCCCCUAGCUAUAUUUGCGUGAAGGAAGCAUGGGGUUCUUGCUGGACCCUCCCGACCACGGUAAAAUCCGUCCAAAAAGGAGAUGUUAUCUGCCUUCUUCAAGGAGCGUCGAGCCCCACGAUCCUCAGGCCAUACAACGAUCAUUGGGCGGUUAUAAUGAUUGCAGUUUUCCCAGCAGGCGAUUCACAAAUCACCACCGGAGAUAUCAAGUGGUCAGAACUUUUACAAUCAAUAACAGUCUUUCCACACAAUUUUCUACUUAUCUGGGAUUGGGAUAUAAAUCCAGACAGGCAGCAAGAUAAAAACAACCAUGACUACUUUGCAAGCAUUCCAGUACCAAAGCAUUCAAAGACAGGGUUGGAAAGUUGUCUAAAUGUGGCGACUAGGAUACGGAAUGUCAGAUUGGCGUUACAAGAGGUGAAACAGUAUGGAGUUGCAGUGAAGAAUCUUCGGGAAGAAACGGCGGUUCUUGAGAGGGCAUUGAGGAGCAUGAGCAACCUAAAAAAGACUUGCUUAGGUCCCGAGGAUUCAGAAAAGGAAGAUGCAAAAGAAACAAUGAUAAAUCAACUUAUUGAGGACAAGGGCCAAUGGACGCUUCUAUGCUUGGCGGCAGGAAACGGGCAUGAGACGGUCGUAAAAUUACUUCUCGACACCGGCAAGGUCAACUUGCAUAGGGAGGAGCUACGAACGGCACGGUGGCUUGCGGAGCAAAAAGGCUAUAAAACGAUCGUUAAGAUGCUUCUCGAUCCUAACAAGGUCGAUGGAGAUAGGACAGAUAGAGAUGGAUUAACGGCGACGCUGUAUCAAGCGGCGAUAACUGGGCAUGAGGUAGUCGUUCAGCUGCUUCUCGAUACUGGCAAGGUUGAUGCAGGUGCUAAGGAUGAGAAUGGGUGGACAGCGCU